UUCUUGGAUUUGUUUGGUGUCAGCAUGGUCGUCCCUUUAUUGAGCCUUCAUGUCAAGUCUCUUGGAGCAAGUCCAACAGUUGCUGGAAUAGUAGGCUCCUCCUAUGGCAUUUUGCAGCUCUUUUCCAGCACACUGGUGGGCUGCUGGAGUGAUGUGGUUGGAAAACGGUCUUCCUUGCUGGUGUGCAUUCUGUUCAGCGCCCUGGGUUAUCUGAUUCUUGGAGCAUCCACCAGUGUGUUCCUGUUUGCCCUUGCUAGAGUCCCUGUAGGUAUUUUUAAACAUACCCUCUCCAUUUCAAGGGCUCUGCUUUCUGAUCUGGUUGCAGAGAAAGAACGGCCCCUAGUAAUUGGACAAUUCAAUGCAGCAUCUAGUGUGGGCUUCAUCUUGGGCCCCAUGGUUGGUGGAUAUCUUACUGAGCUAGAUGGUGGAUUCUAUCUGACAGCCUUCAUCUGUUUUUCUGUCUUCAUUCUCAAUGCUGGUCUGGUUUGGCUGUUUCCCUGGUGUGAAGUGAAGCUCUCCAGUGCAGAGAAAGGCCUGCCAGCGAGGAAGGACUCUGCACCCUGGGGGAGGACGGACGGGCACGGGCAGGGAGCAGCCACCCCCCGCCAGAGCACGGCCAGCGCCAGGCCUGCCAGGCCGCCGUGGCUGGAGGUCGCAUCCACGCUGCGCGACAUGAAGGGCCUGGUAUUUUCCGAGAUGUGGGACCUCUUCGCGGUGCGCCUGCUGAUGGCCGUGGCGGUCAUGCUGUACUACAGUAACUUUGUGCUGGCCCUGGAGGAGCGCUUCGGGGUGCGGCCGCGGGCGGCGGGCUACCUCAUCAGCUACAGCGGCGCGCUGGGCGCCCUGGCCGGCCUGGCGCUGCGGCCCCUGCUGCGGCUGUACCAGCACGACGGCCGCGCCAUCCUGAUGCACUCGAGCGCACUCACCUGCUUGCUGCUGGUGCUGCACGCCACCGCCCGCUCCGUGGCCGUGGCCGUGCUCUGCUCCUCACUGCUGGCCGUGUCCACCGCCGUGGGCAGGACCUGCAUCACCGACCUGCAGCUGGCGGCGGGCGGGGCGCGGGCCAGCGGCGCGGUCAUCGGCAUGGGGCAGUCGGUGACGGCCGUGGGCCGGAUCAUCGCCCCGCUCCUGUCGGGGCUCGCGCAGGAGGUGAGCCCGUGCGGGCCCCCCAGCCUGGGGGCUGUGCUGGCCCUCGUGGCGAUUUUCCUAAUGUCCCUCAACAGAGCCCGCUAUGGCGGCGGCGGCGGUGGCGGUGGUGGGAGUGACAAAUUAAAAUGAGCUUAGCGUGGAACUGGAUGGAGGAUACCAACGCUGAGGCCAGGAAGGGUGGU